AUGGGCCUCCUCGGGCUCUCUUUUGGAGCAAACCUCCUCACUGUCGUUUCCGGUCUCGUCGCGUCUCAAGAUCUUCCCGGGCCAGUAGCUGGUCGAUCUGAUACAGAGCCCUCCCAUGCAUGCGGUGACCUUAUCCGCAAUGCUCAUGCCUACGGAGUUGUGCCAGCCGUAGAUGUUUACAAUUGCUGGACUACCGUCCCGUUACACACGGCCGUUGCCACCCAGCUCAUUCAAUAUUGGAACAACACGCUCCAGUUCCAAAGCACUCUCGACUAUCUCAAGAAGCCCCCUUCAGGCUACCAACAGCCUGCUGUGGACCUAAUUGCCGCACUGGGUGAGGUACAAGCUGCCGUUGACAGCAAUGGAUUUGCCAACGAGUACCAAUUUGAGGCUGCUCUCCAGAAUGUUCUCCUGUCGGGUAACGAUCCACACCUUGGGUUCUUCGGUGGUUUGCUGUCUUCGUUCGGCUUUGGAAGCCAACAUGGACUCACUUCACUCUCGCUCGACGGCACACAGCUGCCGAAGGUGUAUUUUACCGAUGACUUGAUCCUCAACCAGACGAGCCCAGACCCAUCAUGGCAGCCGUCUGCUGUCCACCAGAUCAACGGAACUGAUGUCAUCGACUAUCUCACCCGUUUUGCGGCGCUUAACUCGUAUGGAACAUCAGAGGCUCACGCAGACUGGAACCUGCUGGUCGAGAAUCCCGUCAUGGACGUACUCAACGACAUCGACUAUCCCCUCUGGAACGGCGGCGCAACUUUCUAUCCAGGCGACAGGUUUACAUAUGCGUUUGAGAAUGGAUCAACACUCGAGGAUCAGUGGCUUGCGGUAUACUACGACCCGGGAGACACUGGCCCCCUGGAGACGGGCGGUGACUUUUACAACUUCUUCGUCCUGGGCUUCUAUCCGGCCUCAUAUAAUGACAGUGCAGUGGACUCCGUUGAUAGCAACACCGCUGACAGCGCACAGUCGUUUCCGACGUCACUGUCCGGUGUUAGUAGUGCGUUCCCGCGGGCGGAUGUCUGGCAAGAAAACCUGACGGACACCGGCUACCUCACCGGAUAUUUCCUGCACGACGAGUCUCUGGCCGUGCUAAGCAUUCCGACCUUCUGGGCCGACGAGGACGCCAUCAGGGCAUUCGCCGACACUGUACAGAGCUUCCUCAGCCAGGCCAAGGCAGCUGGGAUGAGCAGGGUCCUGGUCGACCUGCAGCGGAAUGCAGGCGGGGACGUUGUACUCGCCUACAGCACGUUCAAGCAGUUCUUCCCAGCCAUCGAGCCUUUCGCUGGCAGCGUAAUGCGCGCAAACCCCCUUGCGGAUGCUCUAGGCUCCAGCAUCACCGAGUACUGGGACGGGACCCUGAAUUACACGGAUUGGCAAUACCAAGCCGCGUCCGCGAAUGAAUGGAUCGCCACUACGAAGCUGAAUGCCGCCACGGGACAAAACUUUACUUCUUGGGAAGAGCUCUACGGUCCCCAGUCUGAUUCGGUUGCCAGUUUCACGCUGACGGAACGGUUCAACGUCUCGAACUAUCUUCUUGCUUAUUCCAUGCUGGGCCAAGAGGAACCCCCGGCAGUGUUGCAGACACCCUAUGCCGGGAAUGCACCUUACGCUGCUGAAGACAUCAUCAUGCUGUCCGACAGUUUCUGCUCAUCCGCUUGCUCGCUGUUCAUGGAGAUGAUGCGCCAUGAUGCAGGUGUCAGGAGCGUCGUCGUCGGCGGGCGUCCAAGCUACGGCCCUAUGCAGACACCCAGCGGAAGUCGCGGCGCACGUCACUACGACCUCGACUCGCUCAACGUCGACGUCCUGAACGCAUUCGGGGUAGCUGAUGCUGUCGACCAAGAUGUUAACAUUCUCGGCGGUGGCGUCAGCCUCCGCGCGCAGGUCCGCGAGGGCGAGACGGUGCCCCUCGCAAUGCAAUUCGAGGCAGCUGACUGCCGCAUCUUCUGGACGCCCGAGACGUUCAACAACUUCACAAACCUCUGGAGGUAUGCGGACUCGGCAGCGACGACUUCGCCCUCCCUCUGCGUGCAAGGGUCGACAGGCUACGCCAGUGGACAGUCGCCACCGGACCCCCCACGCCUCGCGCCCGUCGUUAACUACACGAGCACAGGCACCCCGUCGAUAGACCUCUCAGACGCCGGAGUGCCCUUGCUCGUGAUCGACGGGCCGAUGCCUGAUUUUCCUGGACACCUUGCGCCCAGCACCCCUGCCCGCCAGCCGCUCGCCCCCCAAUACUACAAGCCCAAGCCGCAGGGGCUCACGCCCGCUGCAAGGGAGGCGCAGGCAAAGAAAUUAGAAAGACUACAGAAACAACAAGGUCUGAGGAAGACUUCUCUCUGUGGGUUUGCGGGCCCGCGGUGUUCACAGCGGCUCAGGAGGAGGGGACCCGUGGGAACGACCAGAGCCUGA